CACAUUGGAUGCUGCACAGAUCCACAGCAUCAGCAGGCAACGGACCUCCAUCCUCCUCGUUAUCCCUCUCUCUUUCUCUUUUUUCUCCUCCUUUGCCUCUCCUCCUCUCACUACUACCCCUGCUCUCUCUUCUCUGUCCCUUCUCCUCCCACUUGGAAAGACACGCAGGCCUGUUUGAGUACACUGCAGCAGAGGUCCAUUAACACAACAGCAGCAGGAAUAGCAGCAGCAGCGACAGCAGCAGGCGGACUGCUGUCUUCAUCACCAGCCUCUCCAUCCACCUUUCUCUCUUCUGUCCUCCUGCAUCUUAAUUUCCUCUCACUCCCAUUCCUCUUUCUUAAAAUCCUCUUCCUCCUUCCCCCACCCCUUGCAUUCCAGUCUCAAUCUCUUCGACGUGCCUUUUCUUCUUCCUGCCGGCUGGUUUCCCAGGAUGCCUUUUUCCAGGCCGCUCCGUUAGGCCCUACCAGCAUGGGCGGAGACUGGGUGGGGAGAGACAUUACGGAUUGGACCCUUCCCCUCAGGACGGGCGCACUGGCGGGUCACCCUCCCUCAGCUUCAGAUGGGCGAGGACGCUGAGAGCCCCAAAAUCAACCACACCUUCCUGCGAGACUACGUCACUGAAGCUGAUGUCAUCUCUACAGUGGAGUUUAACCAGACAGGGGACCUUCUGGCCACGGGGGACAAAGGUGGCCGGGUGGUCAUCUUUCAGAGAGAGACUGAGCCGAAAGGUGAAUCAGAGGAGGUGGGCGAGACAGGGGACUCUGGGGAGUACAAUGUCUACAGCACGUUUCAGAGCCACGAGCCUGACUUUGACUACCUGAAGAGUGUGGAGAUAGAAGAAAAAAUUAAUAAGAUCAGAUGGCUGCCACAGCAGAACGCAGCACAUUUCCUCCUCUCCACCAAUGAUAAGACUAUUAAACUGUGGAAGGUAAGCGAGAGAGACAAGAGACCAGAAGGAUACAACCUGAAAGAUGAGGAGGGACGGCUCAAGGACAUCUCUACCAUCACCUCUCUACAGGUGCCAGUGCUGAAACCUACAGAUCUAAUGGUGGAGGUCCGUCCCAGAAGAGUAUUCGCUAAUGGACAUACCUACCAUGUCAACUCCAUCUCAGUCAACAGCGAUGGGGAAACCUACCUGUCUGCUGAUGACCUCCGCAUCAACAUGUGGCACCUGGGCAUCACAGACCGCAGUUUCAAUAUUGUAGACAUCAAACCAGCAAACAUGGAGGAUCUGACGGAGGUGAUAACGGCGGCAGAGUUCCACCCUCACCACUGCCACUUGUUCGUGUACAGCAGCAGCAAGGGAACGCUGCGCCUCUGUGACAUGAGAGCCUCGGCUCUCUGCGACAAACAUACCAAACUUUUUGAGGAGCCUGAGGAUCCAGGGAACCGCUCCUUCUUCUCAGAGAUUAUUUCCUCUGUGUCGGAUGUUAAGUUCAGCCAUAGCGGACGUUACCUGCUGACCAGAGACUACCUCACCGCUAAGGUGUGGGAUAUCAAUAUGGAUAAAGGCCCAGUGGAGACCUUUCAGGUCCAUGAAUACCUGAGGAGUAAGCUGUGUUCCCUCUACGAAAACGACUGCAUCUUUGACAAGUUUGAGUGUGUUUGGAACAGCUCAGACAGCGUGAUUAUGACAGGGGCGUACAACAGCUUCUUCCGGAUGUUCGACAGGGAGACAGGCCGAGGCGUAACCCUGGAGGCCUGGCGAGAGAGCAGCAAGCCCCGGGCUGUACUGCGAACCCGCCGUGUGUACACUGGCGGUAAACGUCGCAGGGGCGAUGUGGGCGUCGAUAGCUUGGACUUCACCAAGAAAAUCCUGCACAUGGCUUGGCACCCAUCUGAAAAUAUAAUAGCCAUAGCAGCCACCAACAAUCUGUACAUCUUCCAGGAUCGUGUCAACCCAGAAACGCAGGCACAGUGACAAGAAUGGAAAUAUGAACAGAAGCAGACACAGUGCUUUUUAUCCAAGUGUCACAGAAAUGCAAAGAGUGACUGGAAUAUAUUUGGAUGUUCUAUCGAGGGCAUGGAGAGUGGCAUGUUUGAUGACAUGCUUUGAUGCAGAGUCUGUACAUAAUUGGAAUAAUCAUAAAAUAGCAAGACUCUUUAUUCAGUUCAUUUUAUUUAAAGGUGUUUAAUCUAAUCACCGAACUGAACUGAUCUAGUACCCAUCGGGACAUUUGAUUGAUUGAUUUAUUUUUGGCUGCACUCUACUUCCACUUUUUGAAGAUGUUUGUCUAACUGCCCCACUGUUGGGGCAGUCAAUGAGGUGCAGGGACACCUCUCAAUCUGCAGUGACUCAGUGCCGUUCCUCACACCGUGUUGCACUUCCCAUUAUUGUUCUGGUUACCUUUCACAUAAAAAUGGAAGAUAUGUGCUAGCUAGCAUUUGAGAGGUAAUUUCUAAAUGCUACAGAAUAUACCGAUAGAAUGGCUGGAAAACUUUACCAGGCAUUUAAUCCAAAUCUAAUUGUUUUCACUAUAGUGAGGUAUCAGGAAUGGUGUUAUUGUAUAGUUCACAACAGUCUCCUAAAAGUUUUUUUCUUCUUUGUCGUCUGACAACAGCAAUUCAGUCUCUCCUUCAGAGCAGUGCUCUGGGGGAACGCACGAAUAACCGUCCCGUAAUCUUUUCCCUGUUCACGUUGCAAUAAUAACACUAACAAAACACAGUGCAGCAGCAUUCCUGCUUUAAUACAUGAGCUCUUCUUCUACAGGUAACAAAAAAAAAUGUACACACUCUUUUUACUGUUUGCUGUAAAUAGUCUGUGUUUUUUUUAAAGGCGGUACCAAUUUUCAGUUCCAGAGAGCUAAGAAAAAAAAGCAUUUUGUCAAGGACACUGUAAAUCGGUGUGAGAUCUCAUUUAUAAUAAGGUUUGUGGAAUCACACUUUAUCAGAUAUUUUCUCGUAGCAGUAUAUAGGUAGUUGUCGCUGGCUGUAGAGAGGACGGGGUAAAAUUGUGCACAAAAACACACUAACUGUUUGGUUGUGUAUAUUAAGCCCUUAUUGUGUUUUGAUUGCUGUAUCAUGGUAAUCUCGUGUAAAAAAGAAAAGAAAAAGAAAAAGAAAAAGAGGAAAGAAACAAAUCCACAUGCUUACAUGAGAAAACAUAGCAGUUGAAGGAGGCAGUGUGUGUAUUGAUGGGGGAAACUUGCAGUUUGGACAAACUUGAAUUCUAAGCACAUCGUUUAUCGUUGAGACUCCCAAAUUUAAAUCAAAGUUGACCUAGUUUGUGUCCAGUGUGCUUGGAUGUUAGAGGUUAUCAUCAGUGCAAUAGCUCAUCACAGCAGUAAUGUCAUGUGAAUUCAUACUAUCACAAGAUCUUAAUGUCAUUACACCGUAUACCUCACAGCGCCACAUGCUACUCUGGGGUGCGACUCUGAAAGCCUGGGAUGUACAGCAGUACAGUAAGGUGAUGUCUGUGUUGGAUCGCGUGAGACUUGUUUGUUUACAGUGAAGUACUUUAUUUUCAAGUGACCUUGGCCCUGAUGGGAUUAUUGUAAGUGGUUUAAAUGUGUACUGUAGUGGGUGGAGUAACAUAACCAGUGCAAAGGUAAAGAUUAUCAAGUCCCUUCGCACAUUUUCAAAAUCUGAAGAAUCAACAGUGUAAAGAAAUAAUUGCUGUCACACCUGCUUCCUCCUCUCUCCCUCAUGCCCGUUUGGUUUUCCAAGUUGCUGUUCACACACAUCUGUGUUAUCUGCCUGUAGCUAAGAUGGUUUUCUUAUGGGCAUAUAUAUUUUUGUCUUCACUACCAGUGUUAUCAUGUGCAGAUACAGUUUUUCACUUAUUGAUUUAACAUGUACGACACAGCAAAAUCCAUGAUGACGACAACCCACAAGAAAACGGUUUUACAUAGUGAAGGGCCUUGUGAAGCAUUAUGUAAGCUCCGAGGUUCAUCCCUGCAGUGGCGAAAUGUAGUUUAGAACAAGUCGGUUGUAAUCGCAUCAUAACCCUCAACACAUACAACCAGUGAGACGAUUUGUGUUCGGGAGCACAGCAGCAUGUCGCCAUUACUCAAUGCUACUAGCGUGUAUAUCUAUCAUGCUUUAAAAAAAAGGACAAAUCUAACAGUAUGAAAACAUAACUCAAAUGAGGUGAAUGAAAGGAAUGUGCAUUAAUAAAAUAACAUAAAAUCUAA